UGCCAAAAUGCAAGUCAAAGCCAAGUUUGUGUGGGCCCAAAGUCAGUUAAAUCUUAAAUGUUAUAAAAAUAAGAUUAUCACCCAAAAAGGUCCAACACGUUACAACAUCAGAAGCUUCAACUCCUUCAACGUGAACAUCAGGCCAGGGAUUCAAUAUUCAUGUCCAGUUAUCACCCAUCAUUUACGGUGCCUAUGUGGGCGAAGGCGAACCCUAAAUAAGGAGGUUCUGUUCCGGUAUGGAGGGUUCAGCAUUCCCCGGGGUGUUUUCAUGUCGUUGGUGCCUCCAUGGACACCUCACACUAAUCUUAUCAACACUGCCUCAAUGAUUGGGUCCAUGGUUGCUUCAAAGCUGAUGGCACCCCAUAUAUGGUACUUUCCGUCUAACUUAGCAGACGAGGUCCUCAGCGGUGCUACUAUGGAUCGGCUACAGGCUGCGUAUACACUGCCUUGGAUGCCAGAAACAAAUAAUCUCCACUAUGUUUUUGUGCCCAUCUGGGAGCCAGCAGAUGUGUGGUACCUGAUAAUGCUUGAUGUUAAGGAAUCAAGGGUGUAUGCAUUUGACGUCAACAAAACCCCCGACAGCAUUAUUAGAAGAGAGGCCAACAUGACUCGCAUUUGUCGCAUGUUGGGGAAGUUGUUCAUGUUGAAUCGGAACCUGGUCAACUUUAGGCAUGGGAACCCAAAUCCUGCAAAUUGGGGCAACUUCCACUACCCAGCAGGUCUUCCGACCGAUGUUGACAGUUGUCUCCGGUUGGUAUUCUGGUUGCAAGGUGGACAUUGCAGUUUGGUGUCUUUAUUGGCUCCUGCACGAAGGCGGAUUCAGUCCGAGGAUAUUCAAUCCUUUGGUUGAUGCCGAUACUGUUAGGAUGAAGGCAGCAAUCAAGAUAAUUCAGUCCGUUGGGAACGAGGAAGGAGGAUCUAUAGAUGUGCGCUCGCAAAUCAAUUGGUUGGACGUCAUUUCCUUCAACUAAUCAGACCAGAUAUCUGUUUGUUGUCAGUUAUGCUUUUCUCGGAAGAAGUCCUGUUAAGUAUUUAUGGCAGUAAGUCUAUUUAGGUCGUUUGAGCAGAAGAUGAUGACACUAAGUUGUUGCUCCUUUUGGCUGUGCAUUCAAGGCCCUUUUGCACCACCUUAUUAUGUGUUUUGGGCAAGGUUUAGGACAUGCUAGAACCUAUAUCCUGUGUUUAUGUCAAUAGUGUACUGGACAUCAACUGUCUGACUUAUAAACUUUGUUAAGUUGAAUCUAGGGGAUCAGCUACUCGAGUAGCAACUAAAACAAGUCCAGUCUCAUCUAGGGUGAUUGGCCUUUUUUUAGUUGUGUGACCCUGAAUCCCUGUGAACGGUCUAAUUAUGUGAAUAAGUAAUGAAAUGUUGCGUCGUA